GUUGCAAGGCUUAGCUAUUAUGUGGUUUCACACAUCCGUCCUCUAACCACUAACCACUUAACAAUGCAAACAUGCAGCCACUUGACUGCUGCACAAGUAGCUCAAGCAGUGUAAUUUACCAGACGAUGAUAUAUCGGCUGGUCCACGAGAAUACACUCUACUCUCUCUGUAAAUUUACCUCUGAUCAAGCUUUCUAUAUAUACAGUAACGAAGACAAUGGCUGUAAAUCCACAAGCUUUCGAGCAGUUCACUCUGAGACAAAUUCGCAUCACUGAGAAUGAGUUGGGACAUGGUUCUUACGCUGUUGUCAUGGAGCUAGAGUAUCGAGGACUGAAAUGUGCCGGCAAGAAGCUUUACCGAGUUCUCUACGAGACUGGAAUCGGGCAUGCAGCACAAAGGUAUCUGGAGGAAUGUCACCUGCUCAGUCAAACUAGGCACCCCAACAUUGUCCAGUUUCUGGGAGUCUGUUUUGAGGAAGGCUCUCAGUUCCCCAUCCUAGUCAUGGAGUUCCUCCCCACCAACUUGACCAGCUGUCUCGAGCGCUACGGUAUUCUCCCCGAUGAGAUCAACUUCUCCAUCCUCCAUGACGUCUCACUGGGCCUGGUCUACCUCCAUGGCCAAACACCAGUCAUUGUGCACAGAGACCUCUCAGUCAACAAUGUCCUCUUGUCCACCAACAUGACGGCCAAGAUAUCCGAUCUGGGGGUUGCUCGAAUAUUGAACCUGACCCCCCUUCAAGUGAGUCGAAUGACGGAGACCCCUGGCACCCCAGCAUACAUGCCCCCCGAAGUGAUGGUUGCCGACCCCCACUAUGACACCAGUGUGGAUGUGUUCUCCUUUGGGAUCAUGAUGAUUCAUACCUUCACAGCAGAGUGGCCACUACCAAGUAUCGGUCCCACCAGAAUCGAUCCUGCUAAUCCUGACAGACUGAUACCAGUAACGGAAGCUGAACGACGUGAACAUUUUCUUCGAAAGAUUCCCCCAGACCACCCUCUGAUGGACCUCAUCAUGCGCUGUCUCAGCAACAACCCUCAGCGAAGGCCUAGAGCAGCGGAGAUAGUGGGUCGGAUGGUGGGUGUGGUACUUGAACACCCUCCCUCCUUUGAGAACAGAGUGGAGAUGCUCCAGCGAGUGAGUGCCCUACUGACAGAGAAGAGGGAGCUUGAGGAGAAGGUUGUGAGAAAGGACUCGGCAAUCCAGAAGAAAGCAGGAGAGAACGAGGCACUGGCGGAGGAGAAAAGACGACAAGAGGAAGAAAGUGAAAACACUGUCGAGCGUAUGCAGUUGGUGCACUCUGUGGAAACUGAUCAGUUGAAAUUGGAAAAUGAAUAUCUUAAAGCUCAACUCGAAGAUAAAGAGACAAUUGUUAACAUGAAAGAUGAAUUUAUUCUCUCCAAAGAUGCUAGGAUUACUGAGGUAGAAACUCGAUGUAAGCAACUCACUGAAGAGGUGGAGCAACAAAUUGCCAACGUCAACAACGAGCUUGUAUCUAAAGCUACAAAAAUAGCUCAACUGGAAACAGAUGUCACCAAUCUCACUGCACAAGUGGAACGAGAGCAAGCUGGCAAAAACUCUAUUAUUGCUGUUAAAGAUUCGAUGCUUGCCUCCAAGGACACUUUCCUUCAGAAGAAUAAAACCACCAUUCAGAGUUUAAACGACCAACUGACCAAAACCAGAGACUACCUGACCAGCAAACCACAGUCCCUACAGGUUCAGUUGUCCUACAGUCAGUGCUCUGAGGCUCCAGUGGAGAUGUCUGAAGGACACGCGGUAACCAUCAAUGGCAAGGUCUACUAUGGUGGAGGAGACUGUGAUGACGAUGAUGACAAGUACUGUGUCCACUGUUACGAUCCGCCACAACACGUCUGGUCAACUCUGCCCAGACUUCCUGUACGCUAUUUUGAUCUAGGAGAGGUCAAAGGUGAACCGGUAGCAGUUGGAGGUGUGGAUUCAUCCUACUCUGUAUCCAACGUGGUACAUGUGUUUAACAAAGGAAGGAACUGGAAACUGACAAUCCCACCUAUGCCCACAGCGAGGUAUUCACCAGCAGUCAUUAGUCUCCCAACACAUCUGGUCGUAGCAGGAGGUAAAGUGGGCAUAUUAGGCUACACUGAUAAUGUUGAGAUCUACAACAUCAAUACCUCCCAAUGGAGCGAGGCAGACAGACUACCGUAUGCUUGUCGUGACCAAAGAGGAAUUGUCUACAACAACACAGUGUACCUAAUGGGAGGAUUUGACGGCAACAAUCUAAGUAAGGUGUGUGCUGCUCAAGUCGACAAGCUCAUCUCAGCAGACCGACAGGAUGAUAAGAGUGCCAACAAAGCCGACUCUGUCUGGAAUACAAUAUCCAACACACUGUCUUACUGGCCCUCCCCUGUAACGAUAUCCGACACCCUCUUUGCUGUUGGUGGAGAGGAUAGUGAAGGUGAAGCCACUCAAAGGAUCUACGCCUACUCAUCCUCGAUGGACUCCUGGCUCUACGUUGGUGAUCUACCAUCUCCUAUAGCACACGCUGCCACUGUGUCACUGUCUCGAACAGAGUGCCUUAUGAUUGGGGGGUUGAACGAUAACUUUGAAAAACAAUCUACUGUGUAUAGAAUGACUACCACAACAGCUAUUUCUUGAUAAUUAUUGUGGUGGUAUGAUGUUUUGUAUGACAUG